AUGCAGUUCGCUACCCUAGCGUAUGUUACAUUGGCAACUGCCGCAACGCAACCAAUCACUUCCAGCAACAUCGAGAAAAGCGCACGCUCCAUCUUCGUUGUCCUAUUCGAACAGCUUAUGGAGAUGUUCCCGCCACCCGGGGAGGCUCCCGGUCACGACAACCGUACAAUCAUGAUCAAGGCGGCCCUUGACCGCAUAGAGGAAGGUUUUUUACAGGUCAUCACUAAGCUCGGAGUCAACGAAGAACUAUUGAAAAGUCACACUAGUUCUCUCAAGUUCAUUGUUCAACAUGUUGCCGUAACCAUAGGCAUGUCACGAGCAUCUGACCGAGACCUUGUUGAACAGCAUCCCGACAUCGCCAAUGCCCUCUUGCUCAUUACUAUUGCAGUGUUGUUACCCUUAUUGUUACCUGAGAUGGGUGUAUUACUUGAGGGAUUGCUUCUUCGCCCACUUCUCCGCAUGAUUGGAUUCGGACCGCAAGGACCAAUCAUAGGUGGAAUUGCUGCGUGGUUGCAACGUUGGAUAUUUGGUGCCACCAUCCCAAGGGGUAGCUGGUUUGCGGUGCUCCAGCACCUAGCCAUGAUUGGUACAAAGCUUUAAGUGUCCUUGAAGUUGUUCGAGACUCAGCAGUCGUUUGUUUCAUGCCAUCGAAAACCUUUGCGAGGUUCCGUUUUACGUUUGUACUUUAGAGACGAUUUUUUGAUACCUCAAGUGUAUUCCAGAUUUCACGUUGUAAAUCAAUGUGUUGUAACUG